GCCGGCGCUGCCGAGGGAGCGCAGAGGAACAUGGAGGCGGCGGCGGCGCGGCGGGGGGCCCGGGCGGCGGGUGCAGGGCGGUAGCGAGCCCGCCGCCCGCCCUCCCCCCACUCCUGCCCUUUGUCGCUUUUUAAGAGGCGGGAGAGGGGGGUUGCUGACAGCCUCCUCGCAGGGGAUGGCACCCCCGGGCCCUCCGCGGCUUCCGUGGCUGCGGCUGGGCCCGCGGCUGCGGGCUGGGCUGGAGGUCGCGCUGCGGGUGCCCAGCCUAUUCCUCAUCGACGCCAUCUUCAACUCGUCCCCGCUGCCGGGGGGCUCCCUGUGCGCCGCGCUCCUGGGCGUGCUGCUGCGGCUGCUGGGUGUUUUUGUAUCCAGUGUUGUUCUGGUCUUACAACAGCGAGCACUUUUCAAGUUUUAUAUGAUCGCCUCUGCAUUUCUGCUGGCUGUGACUUCAGUGUUAGUGAAUUACUAUGCUUCUUUGCACAUAAACUUCUACAGUGCCUACUACACUGCUGCAUUUGGGAUUCAGAUCUUCCCUCAUAAAGGACCUUCGCUAUGGAUGGCACUUUCCAUCCUUCAGCUUACCUUCGGAAUUGGAUACGUUACAUUGCUAAAUGUGCAGUCCAUAUACUCUCAACUCAUCAUCCUGGAUAUACUGAUUCCCGUAAUUGGCUUGAUUGUUGAAUUACCUUUAAAUGUCCGUCAGAUACUAGUUUUCAUUUCAGGCCUAGUUCUGACACUAAAUACCACAGCCAUUUUAGUUAAGAAGAUGAAGUGGUUUUACUACUCGGUGCGGUACGUGUACCUGCUGGUGAGGCACAUGUACCGCAUUUAUGGAUUACAGCUGUUGAUGGAAGAUACGUGGAAGAGGAUUCGCUUUCCAGCUGUACUGCGUGUCUUCUGGCUAACCAGGCUUACAGCACAAGCUGUGGUAUUAACAUAUGUUGUAAAGAUGGCUGAAACUAAUACAGAAGAGAAAUUCUUCCUGAUAUCAUGGGAUAACUGCUGGGAACUGAUCUGCAGUCUGAUCAUAAGUGGCUGUGACUCUACCUUAACUGUGUUAGGCAUGAGUGCCGUCAUUUCCUCAAUAGCGCAUUAUUUGGGACUGGGUAUCUUGGCCUUCAUCGGAUCAACUGAUGAGGAUGACAAAAGGCUUGGUUUUGUAGCACCCGUCUUGUUCUUCAUUUUGGCUCUGCAGACUGGUUUAAGUGGACUGAAACCAGACGAACGGCUAGUUCGCCUGAGUCGAAACAUGUGCCUUUUGUUGACCGCAGUCCUGCAUUUUAUCCACGGAAUGACAGACCCUGUGCUGAUGUCUCUCAGUGCCUCCCACGUGUCAUCAUUCCGCAGACACUUCCCUGUACUGUUUGUUUCUGCUUGCCUUUUCAUCCUUCCAGUUCUGCUCAGCUAUGUCCUCUGGCACCACUAUGCAUUAAAUACCUGGCUUUUUGCAGUUACAGCAUUCUGUGUAGAGCUUUGCCUGAAAGUAAUAGUUUCUAUCACUGUUUAUAUAUUGUUUAUGAUUGAUGGCUACUAUAAUGUGCUAUGGGAGAAACUUGAUGAUUAUGUCUAUUAUGUUCGGUCAACUGGCAAUAUUAUUGAGUUUAUAUUUGGAGUGAUCAUGUUUGGAAAUGGAGCUUACACCAUGGUUUUUGAAUCGGGAAGCAAGAUCCGUGCUUGCAUGAUGUGUCUACACGCGUACUUCAACAUCUACCUGCAAGCAAAGAACGGCUGGAAGACUUUCAUAAAUCGCCGAACUGCUGUUAAGAAGAUAAACUCCCUUCCAGAGGUAAAAGGAAGUCGGUUACAGGAAAUAGAUGAUGUCUGUGCAAUCUGCUACCACGAGUUCACCACCUCUGCUCGCAUUACUCCAUGCAACCAUUACUUUCAUGCACUUUGUCUUCGGAAGUGGCUGUACAUUCAGGACACUUGCCCGAUGUGCCACCAGAAAGUGUACAUCGAGGACAAGGAAAAUGCCAAUAUCUCUAAUAACAACGGGUUUGUGGCACCAAAUGAAAAUCCUGUACAAGUUGCAGAAGAAGCUGCUGAUGCUGAAAAUGAACUGAAUGAAGAUAAUGAUAGUUCUGAUAGUGAUGAGGAAAACGAUGAGUGUGGGGCCCAGCACUUGAACGAGACUGUUAAUGUUGACUCUAACUCUCUUGGUGAUUAAGAUGCCCUUUAAUAAGCCGUGAGGUAUUUGUUUGCGAUUGAGUUCAACAGAAUAAAAGCAUCACUUUGUAGUUAUUGUACUUAAGCACAACAGCAGUAUCUCAGUGUUGAAUCUGUGAAUGGUGGUUGUUUACUGUGGUGUGUGCUACUGUAAAUAUACCUCUAAUUUUGGCUGGUCUCUUUCAUGACCACUUUAAAAUUAUGUACAUUAUUGUACAUGGAAUAAAAUGUUUUCACAUGUUUCUAAGAUGGUUGGAAAAAACACUCUUUAAUUGAUGUAGUGAUAAUGCUGUGCCAAAGACUGUAUACCAGUAAUCCCCAAUCACUGAGUUCUAAAUGCAAAUGAAAAAUACCAGUGAAAACAGACUGUUUAGAAGGUCAAAUCAUGAAUUAAAAGCCUGAACCAAAGCAGAUUUACUUAGAAAUUAAGUAUUAGCAGAGCUUUAUUGCUUAAAAACUAGUGAGCUGUGUUUUUAAAAGAGAAAAAUGUAGGCUGGUAGACUCAAUGUUACAGCAUUUGCAUAUGUGGCACAAGAGAGAAACUGCUAAGCUAUCUGGUGAUUGUAGUAAAGCGUGACCGUGGUGUGCUCAACACUUCCUGACUACCAGUAGUACGUUGAAGUGCUCUACCUGUGAGCUCAGCAGCCUGGUAUUUGCCUUGAUCCACAUACAGGUGUUAACAGGAACUGCUGACUUGGGCUGUCCUUAAAUUGAUCCUGAAUCUUGAUGAAAGGGAAACAGGGCUGAGAAACUGCACAAAUGCAGACCAUCUUUUCACAAGCAGCUUUAAUCUUGUACCAUAAAAAAACCAAAACAGACUACAUGUUGGCUUCCAUUGAUAAGAACUUGCAUAUACCAUAAAGUUUUUUCAAUAUAUUUA